AAAAUAUUUACAUCUUUUGUGCUUAAUUGUGAGAAGACCAAUGACCAAAACCGAUUUGGAGAAGCUUCCUUCACUGCUUCAUCACACAAACAAAAACACGCACUCUUUUCGCUGCUUCUUCCGUGUUCCAUCGGCGAUCAAUCUUCUCUCUAUCUCCAUCGAUGCUGCUUCCUGCUAUCUUCCAUAAGGUUUGACCACACAACAACAUCAAUCUCAUUCAUCACUUUGCUUCUUUCAAAUUCUUGCUUGAUCUGUUCUCUGCAAAUUUCAGCAUCUUUCUAGGGUUAGGGUUUCUCCGUUUUUACUGAGAUCUUAUUCGGGAUUACUAAAAUUCGACCAAAAGGGUAUUUAGGGUUUGUUUCUGUUUACUCAAUUAAACGAUGCAACAACAAGAACAAGAGCAACCACAGCAACAGCAACAACAACCACCACUCAGAAGACGCGAGGAGGAGCAUGCUUCGCUGUCUCCAUCUACGAAGCUGAGUGCUCAGAACCAUCUCGAAGCGGGUCCCGACCCUUACCGGAGGACCCGCCCUGAGGGCUCAGACCGAUCACCGGUUGUCCCGCAGAGGAAUUUGAGCCCACUGAAGGUUGAUGGAGUGAGAAGGGUUGGUUCUGGAAAUAAAGGGGUUAGUGAUGGUUUUGAAGGAAAGGAUUAUGAUUGGCAUUCGGGUUGUCGAAGGAGUGGCCAGCCCCGGUCAAGGUCCCCACCUGUUGAACUAGUCAGGAAAAGGGCACAUUUUGAUGAUGGGACUGGGCAUGGGAACUGUUCACCACCGCCUGUGGGGUUGAGACCAAGAUAUGAGCAGUCACAGACCAUGGAUUUCUGUGUUGAUGAUGAAAAUCUGGAUGCAAAGCGAGUUUAUGGUGAUAGAGAGAAAGAAUUCAUUGAUAGCAGGUUUGGUGGUGGGCAUGGUAUGGUGGAUCACAAGUUUGUGAUGCGUGAAAAUGAGGCAGGAGGUUCGUAUAGGUCAAUUGCGGAUAUGGGUUUAGCUCCAAGGUAUGAAGAAACUGACAUGGGUGUAGCUCCACGGUAUGAAGAAAAUGACGGGCACUUGCCCCCGCAGUCUAGGAGUGUUCCUAUGGCUAGGUUUGACCAUGAAAGGCCACAACGAAGAGACCCUCUACCUAUGGAUAAGACACACAUUGCAGCAUCCCACAAUGAGGCUGAGAAAACUAUGUAUCAUGCAAGGGGUGUCUCAUAUUAUGCAGUUUCUCCCCCUUAUACAAAGGAUUUUGCAGGCACUUCUCACAUCCGUGGUUAUGGAAACUCCUCCAUAGAAAUGUCAAGGAGUGAUUUUCUACGUUCACGUGGUAAUGGAGUUUAUUUGCGUACAUCUUAUGAUGUGCCAAGGAGCAGUGGAAAACUAGCAGAACCUGUAGGAUUUAAUGGACAUGGGCAAAGGCCAUCAGUACACACUAGUAGAGAUCCUGAAAUUGGGCAGAGGAGUAUGAUGUGCCACCAACAGUGUGAGUUUAGUCCUGCUAGGGCUGAGCAUGCGGAUUUUAUUAAUUCUAAAUUACAGGUUAAUUCAGCACAGGAUGAGCGUGUAUAUCAGUAUGAUGAUAUACCUAGAAGAGUAGCUCCUCAUGGUCGAGUAGACUAUGAGCAACCAUUAAUGGAUUAUGAUAAUAGGGAGUUAUCCGGACCUUAUAUCUCACAUCCAGAUUUAGAUAGAACUGAAAAGAGUGAAGAUUCUUAUGGCUAUCAAAGGAGGGUUGUUUUACAUGACCACCCUCCAUUACAAAGGCCAAGGUAUUCUGACUAUCAUGAUAUGAGAAGAACAUCAAAUGCACCGUCACAAGGUGAGACCUAUUCACAUUCUGGGUUUAGUUAUCCUGAAAUUGGAAAGAGAAUACCACAAGAUCAUAAAGUUUCAUAUCUGGGUGCGCCAGAGGUUGAUCGAUUAUCAAAUCCGAGAUCAGAAUUUGAAUCUCGAAGAGAUGGAGGUUCAGGACUUCAUCAAGAAAGGUUUCACAGUCCUCCUUUGUCUAUGCCUAAUUCUGGAACCUACAGACAAGCUGUCAGAGUGCAAGAAAUGAGACAGGAUUUUGGCAAUCAUGGCCAUCCAGAUAGAUUUUUGAAAAGAAAAUACAACGCUAAUGAUGAAGCUGAUGUGCAUGAUUUUAGAAGAAUAAGAUCAAGUAAAUGGGAUGGAGCCGAAGAAUUUCAAGAUUUAUAUGAAAGUGAAGAGUGGGUAGAUGAUGAAGAUAUGGAUAUGACGUAUUCAUCUGGUGAUAUUGGAUCCAACCAUAACAUGUAUGUGAAGUAUAAGAGUAAGUACAAUGAGUUGGAGUAUGAUGAUUUUCCAUCUGAUGACUGGAUAUUACCUCAAGAGUCUAUGGGACAUGUACAAAGACAUUCGAUUCGGUAUCAGAAGUCUUCCAGUCAAAAUAUAAAGCAUCAUCCAAGGGCUAGUACUGCAAGCUGGUAUAAAUCCCAGCAACAUUCUAAAAGAAAUGCAAUUCAUAAGCAACCUAAAGUUUGGAAAAAGUAUCAUGGUUACGAUGAAAGUAAGCAUACAACUAAUGAUGAAUCAUCUGAAGAUUGGGUUUGUGCCACAGAAUCUGAACCAACUGAGGGCUCUGAAGAGUUUGAACAAAUGGUUCAUGAGGCUUUCUUAAUGUUCUCCAAGAGGUUGAAUCUGAACUCAUCUGUCUAUAGAAGGUACCGGGAUCAAGGAAAAGCUGGUAGUUUGUACUGCAUUGUAUGUGGCAGAAGCUCCUCGAAGGAGUUCAUGGACACUCAACGCCUAGUUACCCAUGCUUUUAUGUCCCAUAAGGUUGGGCUUAGAACAAAGCAUUUGGGUCUUCACAGAGCAAUUUGUGUUCUGAUGGGAUGGGAUACUAUUGUUCCUCAAGAUACAGUGACUUGGGUUCCCCAGAUAUUGCCUCAUUCAGAAGCUAUGGCUCAAAAGGAGGAUUUGAUUAUCUGGCCUCCAAUUACCAUCAUCCAUAACAUAUCAAUGUAUGAUGACAAUCCACAGAACUGGAAGGUUGUGAGCAUGGAAACGAUUGAAUCUUUCCUAAGAGGUAAAGGCUUUGUAAGGGGAAGAAUCAAAUUAUGCCUAGGGAAGCCUGCGGAUCAAAGCGUUAUCUUGGUGAAAUUCCUCGGUACCUUUGGUGGUCUGGGAGAUGCAGAGAGGCUUCACAGAUAUCUUUCUGACAAUAAUCAUGGCAGGACUGAAUUUGAGAGAGUAAAAUCUGAAGGCAUCAAAAGCUGCAACAUCAAAGAAACAAGUGAAGGAGACAGAGUGGAGAAGAUUCUUUAUGGUUAUGUUGGAAUUGCAGAGGAUUUGGACAAACUAGAUUUCAAUAGUAAGAAAUGGAGUAUGGUAAAGAGCAGGAAGGAGAUAGAGGACCUGGACAAUGCUCCUGUUAAACCUGACGAGAGGCGAUAGUCACAGCAUACGAUUGAAGAACCUUUCAGGAAUUUCAGGGACCCCCUGGUGCUAUGAAUGAAUUCAAUUUUAAGUGCAUAUUUGUAUUUUAGCUGUGCAUGUUAAUAGUUCAUAUAUGGGUAUAACUGGAAUUCCAAUGAAUAGUCCUAAGAUAUCUGUUUCUUGUUUGAGUAUUUAGACUGUAUCUGACUGAAAGCUGAUGUAGGAGAGUUGAACAUAGGAUGCUAUAUUCAAAUGAGAUGCAGGAGAUUUAAUCAUUAAGUUAUGGGCUUAACUUUGAAUCAAGCUAUUUGUUAAAUGAAUGUUUGAUGUUAAGAAAAUAGUACAUUAUAAGGUCAAUAAAAUGUAUCCAUUUAUUUGCUA